AUGACAUCGGAUCCCCUCCUCGCGCUCGGCGAGCACCCCUUCCUCCUCGUGCUGGAUCAGCUCCCACCACACUCAUUCUUCACAUUGCAACGGGUCAACAGGACAUGGAACGCCUUCCUAUCUGAGCACGCAGGGCUGUGGGCGGCCGUGCUGCGCCGUGAAGGAGUCGACCUUGACGAGUGGCGACGAGUGCUCGCCGAAUCCAAGGAACGGCAUCGCAUCGCAUCUUGGGAACAGCAAAAGCGCGAAGCCCUCCUCUCAGAAGCACUCGCACAGAUCGGCUACGACGUCACCGACGAGGACGGGGAGCCUCUCAUUCUUGGCCCAGAGUACCAUUGCAACGACCCCGGGCCCGAGGCGUUUAUGGAUACAGAGUUCGACUCCAUCGCAGCAGAAUACCGAGCCGCCUACAAAUCGCAUGUCACCUUGCAACGCGCUUGGAAGCGGCGAUACAACUUUGAGACGCUCGUGAACACGCCCUCCUUCCGACUGCGCCGGAUCUACGUCGACGGACCAUACUUGUACGCCAUCAGCAAAGCGUGGACGGGCCAGUUGCCGCAGGACCGCGAGGACACGGAAGAUCUACAUGUGUUGGACAAGUACAGCGGCCGACUGCUUCUGACCCUCCCCGGGAACAGGGCACACUCAGCUCACGCUGUGGGCGCCGGGUACGUUUUGACUAGCGAGAAUGCGCAAGGUGAGCUCCACAACCUCUAG